AUGGGAUUCAAAUCUGUGAACGAGGGAAUUGCUGCAAGUGUCUUUUUAGGUGCUUACACUUUAUAUAGUAUUGUUGCAAUAGCAGUCGUGCUUAAAAAAGGAUUCUGGACUACAUACACGCACUUACUUUUUUAUGGUAUAAUAAGGGUCGGAGCUCAAAUCUGUGGUGUUGCAUUCAGUAAAUUAGGCCUAGAGCACUAUGGAUGGCUAGUGGGCUAUUUGGUUCUUGGUGUUGAGGGUUAUUUUAUACUUGUUCUUUCCUCAUUUUAUUUGUUGAUAAACGUCUAUCAAGAAAAGACUGGUCAGAAGGACAAUAAGUUCAAUAAGUCAAUUUUCAAUAAAUCGGACGGCACGAGCAUUAAGCUUUUGGGAUCAGAAGUAACAUUUAAAGGAAUAAUGUUCCAAUAUAUGAUUGUUGCAAAUGUACUUCUCGCGGUCGGUGGAUCAAUCUUAUGUUCUUUGAAAGCAGACGAGUACGAGACCAAAAAAGGCACAUUGAAUGCAUCGAAAGCAUUAAGGGGGGCUGGACAGAUUAUAUUCUUGAUUGUCACACUCAUGGUGGUAGCCUUGACUGUUUGCGCCCGAUUUUGGGAGAAAAUUCGUCAUUCUACAAUAACGUUCAUUCUAGUUGCAGCUCCAUUUUUGUUGAUUCGAGCUAUCUAUGGCACUCUAACAUGUUUCGUCAACAAAAUGAAUUAUUUUCAACUAUCAAAUUAUACAGAGGAUGGAUUAUCGACCUAUUUUGUUGCUACGGAGUAUUGCUUAGCUACGACAAUGGAAUUUGUAUCUGCUUCUCUCUUAAUCUCUACUUUUCUUAUAAGCAGAUAUGAAUCAAGGAGAGGAGACUUCUCAACGAGUUCAUUAGAUGAUAAAGAAGGGCUUGAAGUGGUGACGCCAUUUUCUAAGUCUAAAAAUUCUAGUGAAAAAUGCUGA